ACCAUGCCUUCCCCUGCAGGCAGAGGCUGGAACCAGCUAGCGUAGCCCAGCCACUGGGCAGUGCCCAGCUGCUGCCAUAACCUCCCCAAGGCACUCCUGCCUGUAUGUUCCCAGACCAGUGCAUUAGACUCUCUGGGUGUCUGCCUCUCCAUUAUCACCGCAGGAUGUGUGCAGCCUGGAGGGGAUGGGGUUGGGUUUCCAAAGGUGCCCAUCAGUCAGCUCGACCUCCCCUCAGGAAGUCCAAGUCCCAGUGGGAGUCACAGAGUCUGCGCAGCCCAAAAAGAGGGAAUGCUAGGCCAGGUUCCCGCGCAUCCUCAUCUCAAGGUGUCCACAGUCAGGCUCAGAGUUCUUCAGCCGCCACCUCCCUCUCUCAUGCGAGGCUCGGGCGGCGCUGAGAAAAGUUUCGGAGAAGAAGCUGGAGCAGUGGUUGAAGUCAGUCCACUCACGCCCCAAUUUCUGGGAAAGAACAGAUGAGAACCUGCCCCGGUCUCAGGCUUGGUGCCGCUCGAAGUCUUUCCGACCCUGGGAGCGGCUCCUCCAGCACCCGGCGCCCGCCAUUACUGCGUCCCGCGCGCCGGCCCGGCCCCCGCUGGCCUCGUGGCAAGAACGGGGGCGUCCCGAACCGGGCUCCUCCCCGCGGGGCCGGGCCUUAUAAGGAAAAGCUGGGUCCGCUCCGCCCGCCCUGCGCCCCGCGUCUGGCCGAUUUGGGGAUGCGGGCAGUCGCUUCCGGCCCCGGCUCCCGCACAUUCUUGAGGAUUGGGCGGGGAAUGGGCGGAAUGGGGGCGUCUGGGGACUUGCACGCCGCGUGCCCCUCCACACCAGCCGGGACGCCCUCCCCUCGGUCCCGAGUUCCAGUUCGACCUCCGUCACUCAGCUGGCUGGAGGUCACAGCAGAUCUGGCAGAGCGGCGGCGCAUCCGCUCAGCCAUCCGGGAACUGCAGCGGCAGGAGCUGGAGCGCGAGGAGGAGGCCCUGGCAUCCAAGCGUUUCCGAGCCGAGCGGCAGGACAACAAGGAGAACUGGCUGCACUCUCAGCAGCGGGAAGCUGAGCAGCGGGCUGCCCUGGCACGGCUGGCAGGGCAGCUGGAGUCCAUGAACGAUGUAGAGGAAUUGACUGCACUGUUGCGAAGCGCUGGUGAGUAUGAGGAGCGCAAGCUGAUCCGAGCUGCCAUCCGCCGUGUACGGGCUCAGGAGAUUGAGGCUGCCACCUUGGCUGGGAGGUUGUGCAGCGCGCGUCCCAACAGUGGCUUAAGAGAGGACAGCAAGGGGCGAGUGGCACACAGGCUGGAACAGUGUGAGGUGCCAGAGCGAGAGGAACAGGAACAGCAGACAGAGGUCUCAAAGCCAACUCCCACCCCUGAAGGCACCAGCCAGGAUGUGACCACAGUGACACUCCUGCUGCGAGCCCCACCUGGGAGCACAUCCAGCUCACCUGCCUCACCCAGCAGUUCACCCACUGCUGCCUCUCCUGAGCCUCCAUUGGAGCCUGCCGAGGCCCAGUGCCUUACAGCCGAGGUUUCAGGCGCCCCAGAGCCACCCCGCAGCCCACCCAAGACCACCAGCCCUGAGCCUCAGGAGUCUCCAACGCUUGCCAGCACUGAGGGCCAGGUGGUCAACAAGCUUCUGUCUGGCCCCAAAGAGACCCCUGCUGCCCAGAGCCCCACCAGAGGCCCUUCUGACACCAAGAGAGCAGACGUGAUUGGACCCCGACCCUGCCAACGCUCCCUGUCGGUGCUCAGCCCCCACCCGCCAGCCCAGAACCGAGAGUCCACCCCCCUUGCCAGCAGACCUUCCUCGUUCCAGCGGGCUGGCUCUGUUCGGGACCGUGUCCACAAGUUCACAUCGGAUUCUCCUAUGGCUGCUAGGCUCCAGGAUGGCACACCCCGGGCUGCCCUAAGUCCCCUGACCCCCGCAAGGCUCGUGGGCCCCUCCCUCACCAGUACCACCCCUGCCUCCUCCUCCAGCGGCUCCUCCUCUUGGGGCCGCAGUGAUACCUCCUCCCGGUUCAGCAAGGAGCAACGAGGAGUAGCCCAGCCCCUGGCCCAGCUUCGAAGCUGCUCCCAGGAGGAGGGCCCCAGGGGGCGGGGCUUGGCUCCCAGGCCCCUUGAAAACGGAGCAGGGGGGCCUGUGGCACGUUCAGAGGAGCCUGGUGCCCCAUUGCCCGUGGCCGUCAGCACUGCCGAGCCAGGGGGCAGUAUGAAGACUACAUUCACCAUCGAGAUCAAGGACGGCCGUGGCCAGGCCUCCACAGGCCGGGUGCUGCUGCCCACAGGCAACCAGAGGGCAGAACUGACACUGGGGCUGCGGGCGCCCCCGACCCUACUCAGCACCAGUAGUGGGGGCAAGAGCACCAUCACUCGUGUCAACAGCCCUGGGACCCUGGCUCGGCUGGGCAGUGUCACUCAUGUCACCAGCUUCAGCCAUGCCCCCCCCAGUAGCCAAGGAGGCUGCAGUGUCAAGGCUGCCGAGGAUGCUGGGACCCCUGUGGCCCACCCACCUGCCUUCAGCACCCGCCGCUGCUCCUCCACCUGCACCACCCGCAGCACUAGUCUUAUGGAACCAGAGCCAGCAGAGCCUCCCUCUGCAGCAGUGGAAGCAGCCAAUGGGGCCGAGCAGACCCGAGUGAACAAAGCACCAGAGGGGCGGAGCCCUCUGAGCGCUGAGGAGCUGAUGACUAUUGAGGACGAAGGAGUCUUGGACAAGAUGCUGGAUCAGAGCACGGACUUCGAAGAGCGGAAGCUCAUCCGGGCUGCACUUCGUGAGCUCCGACAAAGGAAGAGAGACCAGCGGGACAAGGAGCGGGAACGGCGGCUGCAGGAGGCACGGGGCCGGCCAGGGGAGGGCCGCGGCAACACAGCCACUGAGACCACCACGAGGCACAGCCAGCGGGCAGCUGAUGGCUCUGCUGUCAGCACUGUUACCAAGACUGAGCGGCUCGUCCACUCCAAUGAUGGCACACGGACGGCCCGCACCACCACAGUGGAGUCAAGUUUCGUGAGGCGCUCGGAGAAUGGCAGUGGCAGCACCAUGAUGCAAACCAAGACCUUCUCCUCUUCCUCCUCAUCCAAGAAGAUGGGCAGCAUCUUCGACCGCGAGGACCAGACCAGCCCACGGGCCGGCAGCCUGGCGGCGCUCGAGAAACGCCAGGCCGAGAAGAAGAAAGAGCUGAUGAAGGCGCAGAGUCUGCCCAAGACCUCAGCCUCCCAGGCGCGCAAGGCCAUGAUUGAGAAGUUGGAGAAGGAGGGCGCGGCUGGCAGCCCUGGCGGACCCCGCGCAGCCGUGCAGCGAUCCACCAGCUUCGGGGUCCCCAACGCCAACAGCAUCAAGCAGAUGCUGCUGGACUGGUGCCGAGCCAAGACUCGCGGCUACGAGUACACUUCCCGCCACUGUGUGGCCUCACAAGGAACAUGGACAGGCUCUUGGGGUGAGGAAACUGAGGCUCAAAGAGGACACAAGACAAGCCCUAGAUUCCAGCAUCAGUGAUGAAGUAACAGGGCCUCUUGGGUGGUGGGCAGGGUUCAAGGCUGGAUCCCACUCUUGGAGUCCCCUCCUUGUUGCUCUGUAGGAGGCCCUGAGUCAAUUUCUCUAAACCAGGGAAGGAGUGAUGAGGCAUGGCCAUGGCCUUAGCUGCGUGGCGCUGGGCCUCUCAGUAGUUCUGUCCCUUGAAAUCGCAAAUAUGGGAGUUGACAGACUGACUUGGAGGAGGCUCGUGUUCCAACUAUUCACUCAUUGUGCAAGCUACAGGGCCUCUCUGUGCCCAGCACCCUAGGUCUGGAAUAUCAGAAUGCUGAGGGAUAGACAGCAGCGGGGAGUGGCCCCCAGGGUCCUGACCCGUCCUCUUA